UCUAGUUUGUAUUUACCAUCUUUCUUCUUUUUAACGCGAAAACAGCUGUGGGAAUAUUUAGGACCCGAACCAAAAUGGCAUAUCAAAUUGUCGAUGUCUUAGACAUAUCCAAAGGUAAAGUUGAGGAUUUAAAUCAAAUAACUGCUAAGGGCUUAUUGAAAUUUGUAUUGAACUUUAAUGGAAGCACGGCUUAUGCUAUUGAACAAGAACCAAUUGCUACUAAAAACGCAAAUUCCUUAUCAUUGAAAGGACAGACAAUUAUUAUACAGUUAGAUAAAAUUAAAUCUUUAAAUGGCAUACUUUUCUUGACUCAAUCAAAUUGUAAAAUAAUGUAUAAUCCACAACUUAAUAAAGACAUAAAAGUUUUCAAUGAUAAAGCUGAUAACCAAAUUCUGAAAGAUCUCGAAAAAGGUGGCCUUUCAUAUUAUGAUACUUCAGGAUAUAAUUUAAAACCUCCUCCAUUCAUACCCUUUGAUAACAGUAUUACAGGUUCCAAUGCAAAUAAUUUAAUGAUCUAUCCACAAACAAAUUUAAACAAAAGUUAUCACUCAACUGAAUCACUCAAUAAUUCAAACAGGUUUGAUCAAAACAACAAGGCCGAGUCAUUCUUUAAUAAUACCCAAAAAUUUAAUAAUCCACAUAAAAAUGAUAGAUUUGAUGAUAAAAAUAGCAAUUUUCAAAAAGAUAAAAAAAUAUAUAAACCAGAUAAUCUUGCUAAUAACUCUAACUAUAUAUCUAGAAACAAUAACACACAACCAUGUAAUUAUCCUCCUCCAUCUAAUAUUAGUUCCAACAAUUUUUCUGGAAAUUAUAUGAAUGACUUUCCUCCUAUAAACAACAAUAAUUUUCCUCCUUUAAAUUUGCAAAAUUUUCCUCCUUUAAACUUGCAAAAUUUAUCUCCUUUAAACUUGCAAAAUUUUCCUCCACCCAAUAACAUGCACAAAUUUCCCCCACCUAAUAGAAUAUCAAAUUUCUCUCCACCUGGUAUGCAAAAUCCUUAUAAUAGUAACAUCUAUCCAGCAAAUAAUAUAUUUAAUAUGCCAAAUCCAUAUAUGUAUCACAUUUUACUUCUUAUAUUAGAAAGCAAUUAUACUAUUAUUAUUUUUCUUAUCAUAAUUUUUGCUUUUAAAUUUUUUUUUAAUGUUAAUUUUUACACUUAAUAUAACAAUUUUUACUAUAAUCAAAUUAUGAUAUUGUUAGGUUAAAAUGUAAUAUAAAUUUAAUCCAUUAUAUUUAUUAAGAUUGUCCUUUUGUAAUGUAAUAUUUAAAGUUAAUUUUUGGGAAUUAUGAUUACAAUAUAAGAUCAAUUAACCCCAUAUAGUAUAAUUUAUGUUUUUAAAAAUUAAAGGAAAUUAUAAUGACAGAAUGGAGAUCCUCUUCCCCUUUUCGAAUUGUUGGUAUAUUAAUUAUUGUUAUAACAUAAUGUCAUCUUUAUAAAUCUCAAUAUUUCAACCUUCCACAAUGUAAAUGAUUUAUUGUAUUCUCAACAUUAAUUACAACUAUUCCACCUCCUUUCCACAUGUAUUGUAAAUUUUAUUAGAUGCUAUAAUAAGGAAUCAAUAUUAAUAAUGUCAUCUUUAUAUAUCUUUAUA